UAAUUUCAAGCAGAAAGGCAGGAAAUGUGACAGUGUAGUUUUCCGCUUCCAUAAACAAGACGACGGCCAGGGUUAGCCGCCAGUGCUGUGCGCUUCUGGGCUGAGUCUCCCUCUGAGGGAGUCGCACAUACGGACGGGGAAAAGUGUGCGAGAGAGAGAGAGAGGAGAGAGGGAGAAAGUAGGAGAACAGGAAAGAGACGGCGCAGAGAGACAGGAAAACCCAUCAGAAGAAAAGAAGGAUACGAGCAAACUGACAGAAUAAGGGAGAAGAAGAGAGUGAACCGCUGUCUCUCUUCUUCUCCUCCGACCAAGCAGAUAGUCAUGGCUGAGAACAACACAAAUCACUUUAUGGAAAUAUUUCAGUCUUUCGAUGCUGUCCCUCUGAUUAUAGCUUUCUGUGUGUCCAUGGUGGUGGGCCUUCUCUUGGGUGCCCUGGUUUACGUGGCUCUGACGUGGAUGUCCCGGCGCAAAGUAGGCUCUGCGAGCAUCACCCGCCGCCCACCUCGCCACUCGCACCCCUCUUCCCGCAGCCGCCCGGGGUUCAACCGCAACAGCAGCUACGACCGGCGGAGCAACAACAGCUUAGUCAGCGCCGCCUUCACCUUUCACCGCCAGACCUCCUCCCCCGACCACCUAGACCCGCUGGGGAACAAAUCCAGCUUCAGGGCUUCCACCUUCCACCCUCUCCUCCAGUGCAGCCAAAUUGCGAGGGAGGCGGAGGAGGGGAGCCAGACCACGCUGCCUCGCACACCGACUCUGACGACGGCGAGCGGGACAGCUCAGAACGCGGCCGAGCCAGCUGCCACCCCACCGAGGCCACAGUCCUUCUGGGGGAACAACGGUCUGAGGGGUUUCCACGCGACGCAAACCCCGCCUCCAGCUUAUGAGAGCAUCAUCAGGGCUUACCAGGAAACAUGCACCUGAUAGGAGUGAGGUGUUGAAACUAACUGAAUGAGCCUGUAGUUGUAAGUCGUUACUCCAGAGGAUAAUGGAUUAAGUCUAUAUUGAUGUACAUGACCAGGUGAAGCCGGCACAGCAAACAAGGAGGUCAAGGUCAACAACGUGCCCUUAAUAACACUUUGAACCUGCAUCAUUUUGUAUGACUAUUGGUAUGGCUUUAUAUAAUGUUGGCUGCUGACUAUAAAAGUCGAAAUUACUCCUUUUAAAAAUGAGCAGUCUGUACAUAAUGGUGACGUGUGCUUGCACGGAACUUUUCUUCAGUUUAGACAAAGUAAAAAUCUACAAAUACAUAUCGUUAGCCUAAUGGCAUAAUUACCAAAGUCAUUCUUGAACGUUAAAGGAAAACAAAAAAAGAACACAAUUUUUAGCAAGCACAUUGGUUUUGUAACAGUAAGUCACAAAAUUAGGCAAUUAUGCUAUUAGGCUAACGAUAUGGUUUACUGGGCAUUUAUGGGGCAAGACAAGACGUGUGCUUCAAGCCUGCUGGACAUAUAAUAACUAUGCAAAAAUAACAGAGAAUGAUUAUAUAUAUAUGGACAGUAAUAAAAUAAAUAUUUGUGUUAAGAUAUCUAUCUAUCUAUGCAAAACAAUCUUGAAGACUGGGUUAAAUUGACCUAAUGUUUCAUUUGCUGACCCCACACAUAUUUUACACACGCACAUUUUUUACUGUGUGUUUGUGUGUGCGUGUGUGUGGCAAUCUAAAAAAAAAGUCUGUGUGCCUGCAUGAGCAGUAUGCAUGAGAGAAAGAGAGACAAAAAUGUGGGCAUUAAAUGUUUUUAUAUGUUAUGUAUGAUUUGAAUGUAAUUUCACUGAACUCUACUCCUAAGUUAAGGCAAUAAAAGCAAUAAUAAAAAAGGUUUUCCAAACAGA